GACAGCAAUUCACCCUCACGCUGAGGUCUCCUGCCUCUAGGAACGACUCCGGUUUAGUCGUCUCCACCAUGGGCCUCAGACCUAACGCCACCCCCUCCUGCACCAGCGCCAGCCCACUUCCGGCCCUCCAGGUGUGGCUCCUGCUAACCCUGCUCCUGAGCACGCUGGUUCCCUCCACCGCUGGAGAAACUGGAAGUGUGGACCUGGAGCCGUUCCUUGAACUUCGCUGCUUGUGCAUGAACACCGUCUCUGGCAUUCAUCCAAGUAACAUCCAGAACUUGGAGGUGCUCAGGGCAGGACCCCAUUGUGCCAACGUCGAAGUGAUAGCCACGCUGAAGAACGGGAACAAAGUCUGCCUGAACCCAGAAGCUCCCAAAAUCAAGAAAAUAGUCCAGAAAAUUUUGGAAAGUUAAUGGGCCAAUGGCUUAAUCUGUUCACUGUCUGUCAAAUCUUCCUACAUCCCAAAAGGGUAGGAGUUUAAGGUUUGACUUUCUGGAGUUCUUACUCAUCCAAAAUACCUAUUCAUAUUGUAUUAAACUUUGGAUAUGUUUUCCAUUCUGCCUUGAAAUGUCACAUAGUAUUCUGAGAAGGCUGGUUCGUAGAUGACAGAGAACAGUCAGCAAGCUACUUGUCAAAAUAUAUGGUUUAUUCCCUAACUCUUGGCUGAAUGUGGCUCUAUGCUUUGCACUCCUUUAUUUAAAAUUUUCUUUCCAAGUAUUUACAUGUGUGUUAACCUAUCUUGCUCUACUUUACUAUGAGACUAGCUAUAUUCAUGAUAAUUAAGAGAUUCCAUAAUGGUCAUUGUUAUGAGGAAUCACAAAGAGCCCAGAAUAGAGUUUUUUCAUUGUCUUAGUCUUAGGAUGCCUUGUUUCCAAGCAUUUUUUGAACAGUUUUUAUAGUGUUUAUUUCAGCCUUCAACCCUAAAAAUAAUACAGUGGUAGAAUGUGAGUCUUGUAAGCUGUGGCCACUUACUUUAAAGUGAAUAUA